GGCAAAGGCAAAAGCGUCGUGGCAAGUGGCGCGAGUUCAUUGCGCCAGUUUCGAAGUUGAUCACGGCGUGGAAAGACCACCACCUCCAAGCUCAUCUCCAGCCCAGCCUAGACAUAUAGACAGACAGACAGACAUCUGAACGCUCCACGUAAACACGUAUCAAAUCGAAUAGAAAUGAAGCUUUUACACUUGGUGGUGAUCGUCGCCGCCGUAGCCGUGGCUCACGCCGAGGAGCUCAAGGUGGACGUGGUGAGCGUGCCCGAAGGAUGCGAAGUUAAGAGCAAGAACGGAGACAUGCUGACCAUGCACUACACCGGCACCCUUGCCGACGGCACUAAAUUUGACUCCAGCUUUGAUAGGGAUCAGCCGUUCUCGUUCCAGUUGGGCGUCGGACAGGUGAUCAAGGGUUGGGAUCAGGGUCUGACCAACAUGUGCGUCGGCGAGAAGAGGAAGCUGGUCAUUCCACCAGGUCUCGCUUACGGCGAAAGGGGAGCCGGAAACGUCAUCCCCGGAGGUGCCACCCUUCACUUCGAGGUCGAACUCAUCAACAUCGGAGAUACACCACCAACCACUAACGUCUUCAAGGAGAUCGACGCCGACCAGAACAACAUGCUCAGUCGUGAGGAGGUGAGUGAAUACCUGAAGAAGCAAAUGGUAGCAGCCGACGGUGAGAACCAGAGCGAAGAAGUGAAGAGCAUGCUCGCUGAUCACGACAAGCUCGUCGAGGAGAUCUUCCAGCACGAGGACAAAGACAAGAACGGAUACAUCUCGCACGAGGAGUUCUCCGGCCCAAAACACGACGAGCUCUAACGCACUUCAUCAUCCAAUAACAAGAACAAACAAAAAUCAACCCCCCUUUCAAACUAAACUUAUCAAUUAUUUUUUUAAACGUACGAAAAACGAAGGAUAUGAAGGAAAACAAUGAGAAAA